CACAUUCGUAAAAUUUCGCGCGCUUUUUUAUUUGUUUGUAAAAAAUAAAAGUAAAUAAACAAAUUACUGUAUGUGCUACCUUUUAAGUACAUAAAUAAAAUGUAAGUGCUACCUUAUACCAAGUUAGAUUUUAGGUACUCGUAGGUAAAUUUGCAAUUAAACAGUACAUGGAUCUUAAGUGCUCUUUUUGUAUGUCAUUAAUAUUGGCUACCAAAUAUAAGUAAUUAUUGUUUAUUAUUCAGCAUAGUCUUAUCUAUUAUUUGUUCUACUGUAAACACCUGAUUAACAAAAAAUGGAAGAUUUUAAAGUCAACCUAGACGAUAUGGAAGAAAUUGUUCCAAAGCCAGACGUUGAAGAAAAACUAAAAGAUGUGAUUCAAAACAGGGAACUCUCUAGUAAAAAAGUUUCCGAAAUGUUAUCUGAACGCAUUAGUCAAAUAACAGAAAAUAAAGUGCCAACUACAUUACAAGAAUUGUCGGAGGCUGAAGCUCUGCUUAGUGAGGAAAUAGAAAAGGAAACGACAAUAAAACAAACAAAGAAAAAAAUUGAGAGUGAUAGUCUUUCUGUGCAGGAAGAAAUCAAAAUCCCUUUAAAAGAAAUUGAAUCAGAAAUCCUAGCUGCACAUAAAGAUAGCACAAACAUAGCUAAAAGUGUUUUGGUGGAUAAUCCUAAGUCUAAAGCCUUACACCAACUUCUGUUUUCCAUUACUGGUGUCCAGCCUGGUCACUGCAGUGAGGAUAUGCUUAAUGGAACUAUAAUUUCAAAAUCUGAGUCCCUGCCAUUUUCUAUUGAUCUGAAACAGAAGUCAAAGCAUGAAGUAGCGAAUGAAUUAUGGGGUCUACUUAAAGAAGGAAACACUUUUUGGAAGGACAAUGAACAAAAUUCUUAAAAUAUUUAAUGUAAACAAUUAAUACUGCUGUUAAUAUUUUGUGCUUACAGUUUUGUAUAUAGACAUUUAUUGCUGCCUUUUAAUAUGUUUUUUUAGGUCUCCUUUUAUGUAGUGUGUGGUUAAUUCACAAAAAUCAGUCAUAUAUAAUUUGAAAAUGCCUAUUGAAAAUGUAGUAAAUUGUUUUGGUUCAUACUUUAACUCCUUAUAAAACUGUCAUUUUUUCAAAAAACUAACCUGCACUUUUUUCAG